AUGCGUGAAAUCGUUCAUCUUCAAACCGGCCAAUGUGGUAACCAAAUUGGUGCUGCCUUCUGGCAAACUAUCUCUGGCGAGCAUGGUCUUGACGGUUCCGGUGUCUACAAUGGUACAUCUGAUCUCCAACUUGAGCGUAUGAACGUUUACUUCAACGAGGCUUCUGGCAACAAGUAUGUUCCCCGUGCCGUCCUCGUCGAUUUGGAGCCAGGUACCAUGGACGCCGUCCGUGCCGGUCCCUUCGGUCAACUCUUCCGUCCAGACAACUUCGUUUUCGGUCAAUCCGGUGCUGGUAACAACUGGGCUAAGGGCCAUUACACUGAGGGUGCUGAGCUUGUCGACCAAGUUCUUGAUGUUGUCCGUCGUGAAGCUGAAGGCUGUGACUGUCUUCAAGGAUUCCAAAUCACCCACUCCCUCGGUGGUGGAACUGGUGCCGGUAUGGGUACGCUUUUGAUCUCCAAGAUCCGUGAGGAGUUCCCAGAUCGUAUGAUGGCUACCUUCUCCGUCGUUCCAUCGCCAAAGGUUUCCGAUACCGUUGUCGAGCCAUAUAACGCAACUCUCUCUGUCCAUCAAUUGGUUGAGAACUCUGACGAGACCUUCUGUAUCGAUAACGAGGCUCUUUACGACAUUUGCAUGAGAACCUUGAAGCUCAGCAACCCAUCUUACGGAGAUCUUAACCACUUGGUUUCCGCCGUCAUGUCCGGUGUGACCACCUGUCUUCGUUUCCCUGGUCAACUUAACUCAGAUCUCCGAAAGUUGGCUGUUAACAUGGUUCCUUUCCCCCGUCUCCAUUUCUUCAUGGUUGGAUUUGCUCCUUUGACCAGUCGUGGUGCACACUCUUUCCGUGCUGUCACUGUGCCAGAGUUGACUCAACAAAUGUACGACCCUAAGAACAUGAUGGCCGCUUCCGAUUUCCGUAACGGUCGUUACUUGACAUGCUCUGCCAUUUUCCGUGGUAAGGUUUCCAUGAAGGAGGUUGAGGACCAAAUGCGCAACGUCCAAAACAAGAACUCAUCCUACUUCGUUGAGUGGAUCCCCAACAACGUCCAAACCGCCCUUUGCUCCAUUCCUCCCCGUGGUCUCAAGAUGUCCUCCACCUUCGUUGGUAACUCGACAUCUAUCCAAGAACUUUUCAAGCGUGUCGGUGAUCAAUUCACUGCUAUGUUCAGAAGAAAGGCUUUCUUGCAUUGGUACACUGGUGAAGGUAUGGACGAGAUGGAGUUCACUGAGGCUGAGUCCAACAUGAACGAUUUGGUUUCCGAGUAUCAACAAUACCAGGACGCUUCGAUCUCUGAGGGAGAGGAGGAGUACGAAGAGGAGGCCCCAAUUGAGGGCGAGGAAUAG